AGUUCCCGGCAUCGGUAUGAAAUGUAUCCGCGCCCGUGCGACUGCAAGAAGAGAGCACUCACGAGCAGGAGGGGUAGCACAAAUAGCUUCUGCACCGAAGGUAAAAGAUGGAUCACAUAUAUGCGGCAAAACAAAACUGAAUGGCACCAUUGCGCAACCCCCGCCGGGAAAACUCGCGCGCGUGCCUUGGCAGAGCGAUCGCGCGCUCUUGGAGAAAGUCGCAGGCGCACUCGGACGUCUGGGUUUCACGCACCGUAUCAAAAGGAAAAAUCCCCCCUCCCCAUAUCGAAACGAAGUUUCUGAUGCUGGAUUUCCAUACCCAAAUCAGAUUUGUAUUGCAGUAGAGGAGUGCAGGCAUAUGUCAAGCCUCAGUCGAGAGGCUUUGACGUAGGCGCCUAGCAUGACAAACGUGUAUGCUCUAAGCCAAACAGCAUGACAAACCGCCCGCAAAAUGCGGAAGGCUUUCUGGACUUGCCUUCUUGCAAGACAGACAGGAUUUGAGGUCACAAAUGCGCAUCACAAAUUUUCAGACGGAUACGUUUUCGAUAUGGGGCGAGGGGAUUUUUCCUUUUGAUACACCGCCCCCGGAUUUCAGAGAAUGGCAUUGUCGUUGCACGCAGUCCCCGGCGCGUCGCCGCGGUCUUCCGGGUCACAUCCGUCGCGGAGCCGAAGCGCCGGGUGCCAGUUUCGGAGCUCGAGCAGUGCUUCUCGCAUUCAGGAGUGGCGGAAAGUGGAACGCAGCACGGCCUGGAAGGUUUCCGAGACGACCGAGCCUGCCCAAGGGGUUCUACUUCAAGCUCUGCCAGUACUGCUCCCGAUGAAUCUGCCGUCACCAUUUGGGACUGCACCGUUGCGGCUGAUCGCGUGCGGUACUUGUCUUCGGGCGAAUUGCAGCUCUACCUCGCGGCCCACCUGCGGCGGGUGUUGCACCGUCGAGGCCCGGGUGCGGCGGAGCAGGAUUUCGGAGUUCAAGCGAAUGCGGCGCCAAACGAGAGCACGCCGCGGCCCGAAAGCGCAGUUUCAGUACAGCUUUUCGGUUCAACAUCUGCAACAGACCUCACGCCGGCACGCACUGGCCAGUCGUUUCCAGCGCGACCACCCCGUUCUAGUGGGACCGAGCAAGAAUCCACGGACCCAGCGCCCGCGGUCGCAACUGCCGCGGACCUCGUCCGGCGUCUGAUCGGCGCAUCCGCGACCUGGCGUGCAAGUGCGGAUGAGCUCGCCGCUGUUGAGAAAUCUUUUUCGAGAACGAGGGCAGAGGGACGAGACGCAUGUGGUUCUUUCGCCGCGAUCAAACAAAAGAUCGGUCGACGGUUGGGUCUCUUUGAAGCGGCCAACUUGCCUUAUCGAAACCGGCUCAGCUGCCGGGACGCAGCGAGAGUGCUCGAUUGCCUCGCGCGAAGAAGUGUUGAAAUAGAUGCGCAAGGGGUUUGCGACCGCGCACUUCUGUCCGCCCUGCAAGCGGAACUGCUGUUUUCCUUCCCCAAGCUGCGACCGCAGGAGAUCGCGAACGUGUUGUGGGCGACGGGAAAAGUACCGAGCCUCCACGAAAACGCACGUCUGGUCUUCCGCCACGCCUUUCUCGUGGUUUUACCCAACGUGGAGGUUUUUCAGCCGCGGCACCGUAUCUCGGAGGAAUAGAGGCAGGCUUGUGCUACGUACUUUAUCUUCUAUCAUGCAGAAAAAUGAAAAUUGCGAAAAAUAGUUUGCGUAUGCACGAUCAGGCAGCAUCCCAGCACGCGAGACAGAGUCAUCUGUUGCAUUCUGCAUUGUCGCAUUUUACAUACUGGCCUUUUCCUGAAGGAUACACGUGGCCAAUAUCUUAUGGAGCUGCGGGGCGGUGCAACACUUGGAUCAGCAAGUUUUUCAAAAAAUUUUGAACCGGCUGAGGGCAUGCUACGACGUCUCGCAGGAGAGAACAAUUACGGGACCACCACCACUUAUGGCGUCCGAGGGCAGGAGCGACUUAGAUCCACGCUCACGGUGGAACAAGGAGGACACCAGCUGUCACAAAAACGCAAACUUGCAGGACUUCGCUAAUGCCUGCUGGGCGUGCGCGCGGGUGAACCACUUUGAUCACUCGUUUUUGAAAGCUGCGCAGCAGAUGUACCUGAAAGAAGCACGAGGAGGAGCUGCGCCGGUCACAGUUGCUACCUUUCCACUUUCGCCACCAGUUUUGCGAAAACGUGGAAUUGCUUCAUCGUCGUCGCGCGGCGCAAGCCUCCAGGAAGCCAGCUCGAUCUGCUGGGCGGUAGCGUGUUGUGGUAAAGUCGACGACGAGUUUUGGGUUCACAAGAGGUCACUUGCGACCCCGGUGCCGGAUUUUGUUGACACAUCGUUCUUCAGUAGUGUCGCGGAUGCACUGGUGCGGGAAGCGCGGCUGGACCGUCCUUCGCUGAAUGAUCCUGGCAAGUGCGGCUCUGCAGCUACUGUUAUUUUACAAAAACCUGUUAUCAUCACUCUCCACGCCUUCGCGACGCUUGGACUGUAUCACAAACAGUUGGUUUUCGAAGUCCUGCCGCAGCUAAACGUGGACACCUUCUCACCGCAGGACGUCGCAAACGUGGUCUGGAGCUUGGCGUAUUUGAUGCAACAAGAUGCGGGGACGAAUGAAAAUUCGCGGUGCGCGUGGUCUAAUGCAACUUCUCAGGCAGAUGUAUCGGAAGCUGGUGGGCCAACUGCGUUCAGCGAGCAUGGCAGUGAGGAAGAAGAGAACACAAGACGUUGGCUCCGACCAUGGCUGGAUGAGUUGGUAGAGCACGCAAGGAAGAGGAUUUUCGUCCUGCCACGAUGCGAAGAACGCCUUGUUUACGUUGCUCCGGGGUUCUGCAGCCAAAAAACCGCGGUCGACGCAAAUGCCAACGCCUUCUCGAGUUCGCAGCUGUGCAACUUUCUGUGGGGGCUCAGUGUGUUGACGGUUGUUGUGCGGAAGAGUUCUGCCACAAACCGGCCUAUUGAAAAAAAUUCGCUCCCGAACAAACUACUAUCGGAAGAGCACUUGGUUUACUAUCACGAUUUGGUGCAGACUUUGCAUCAACAGGGAAAAUUUUCUGACACGGACCUCGUCGAGCUUUUCUGCGCAGCAACCGUGUUUCCGGAGCUGUUAGCGUCACGGGCAAAUGGCGGCGGAGAAAUUUCGCGGCUGCGACGGUGCGCGGAGACUAUGUUUGAAAAGUCCCGGACAAUCGGCAGUGAUUCUCUGCUGGAAGAGAAAGUGAAGAAAAAACUCGAGGACAUCGUUUUGGAACGCUUGCCCUUGCGCAACAUCGAGAUGAGAAUGACUCCAGCUGUGACAAUCAAGCGGCAGUAUCGCAUCCCGGGAACGCACUUGGACGCGGAUUUUUUGGUUUCGUGGAACGAGGGCUGUGCUGCCGCCGGCCCGUCGAAUCAUGCAACCGGUACUCAAAAUACGCAAGGAGGGAUGUUGUCGCGAGAAGCUGUAGUUCUAAUUGAGGUCGAUGGCCCCUCGCACUUUGUCUACGAUUUAGAAGAGAAGACGUUCAGCCCAAACGGGGUCACGCAAUGCAAGAGGAUCUUGUUGGGGCAACACUUGGUGCACGUUGCGCGCGAUAAGUUUUGCGGAGAAGCUGGAGGGCCGGCGAGCGCAAGAAGUGGCAGAGUCUUGUCUAUCUCGUGGCUGCAACUUGACAACGAGGAGGAAGCGCGUAUGAUUCUGGACCGAAUUAUUUCGCAGACGAGAAGACUGUAAGCAAAACAUUUUCGAAGCAGUGGAAAAUCUAACGAAGUUUGUAUGCCCAAAUUAGAAGUGGCUGCGCGAACUGUGAAGACUAAAAUGUACAACGAUUGCGCGAAAAUUUUCGGAUGCUCACAUCUAAUGAAAAAUAAUGUAAGAACAACAAGAGAGUCGACAAGUGCGCAG